AAUUUCUUUAGGAAAGACGACUCUACGAUGGAAGGUUCAUAUAGGUCUUACGCAAAUUUCCCUGAAGAUGAGCUCCCCAGACCAUCUACAACUGCGUCUACUUUUGAUGCCGUAAGAGUACCUGAAGAGGGCCCCUCCAGCGAUUCUCCAACGGCAAGUGUCCAUUCUAAUGCCGAACCAUCACAACCCAGACGUGAUAGAGAGCAACUCUACCGCAAGAUCAGGGGUAUUUUGGCGUAUUUCAUUCUGGGACUGUGCAACAACUACGGCUAUGUAGUAAUGUUAACAGCCGCGUCCGACAUAAUUGGAAUGGGCGAGGGAUCUGAUCUGGUGAGCACCAUCAGAAAUUGUGCUCAAAUUUCAACCGGAACAAUCCUAUUAGCCGACAUUCUUCCAGCUCUAUUAGUCAAACUGGUGCUUCCUUUCUUACCGUUUGUAGUACACAUAAGAGUAGCCAUUUGCGUUGGUGUAACCACUGCAGGAUAUCUUGUCGUUGGAUUCAGCAACAGUAUUGGCGUAUCCAUAUUGGGAGUUGUACUUAUCUCAUUUUGUUCCGGUUUGGGAGAAGUUACGUAUCUCCAGUACAGCGCCAAUUAUGAAAAGAGUGUCUUAUCGGCUUGGGGUUCCGGUUCAGGAGGAGCUGGAGUAAUCGGGGCCGUUUCAUACUCACUAUUAAAUGCCGUAGGUAUGCAAAGAACGUUGUUGAUAAUGCUGACCAUACCAGCCAUAACAUCGCUAGCGUUUUGGCUAUUGUUACCCAAACCGUUACCCCCCAGAGAAUCUACUGAAGCAGAAGCUGAACAACCAGCCGAUCAAGUCAAGCUCGAAAAUGAGGAGUUGUCUUUAAGAAGAAAAAUUUAUCUGAUUCCUGGUCUCAUGAAAUACAUGAUACCUUUCGGUCUCAUAUACCUUUUUGAAUAUUUUAUUAAUCAGGGCACGUUUGAACUGAUUAAGUUUCCAGACGCUUCCAUUUCAGUUGAAUCACAGUACAGAUGGAUGCAAGUUAUGUAUCAAGUGGGAGUUUUUGUAUCACGAUCAUCUGUUGCAAUAUUGCACAUUAAACAAACAUGGAUACUGGCGGUAUUGCAGGGCAUCAAUGUCAUCAUUUUCACAACAGACGCAAUAUACUAUUAUAUUCCAAACAUCUACAUCGUGCUAGCUUUAGUGCUGUGGGAAGGUCUACUAGGAGGAGCAGCAUAUGUGAACACAUACUACCGAAUUUCCAAUGAGGUAAAAAACCCAGCGGCCAGGCAGUUUUCCAUGGCCAUCAAUGGAUUUGCCGAUAGCACUGGCAUAGCCUUAGCUGGAGUUUUCGCUAUUAUGGCACAUAAUGCCAUAUGUACCAUGCCUUUGCCUCCUUAG